CGGGGCGUGGAGGGGACUGUGUGAGCAGCGGCGGCAGCGAGAGGGGCAGCGAGCCGGAUACUCACCGACCGACCACACCGGGAGUCUGCUCACUUCUGCGGCUUACACGGCUUCUAACAGCCGCUUCUGGCUGGAUAUUUCAGAGGCGGGAAAGCAAGGAGCUCCCCGUUAAUCCCGGACGCCGGCUUUUUGGAAGUUUUAACCCGCUAAACUAACCUUGAAGAGCGGAACAAUGAGGGAGAGCCAGCCGGGCUCCCGGACCUCCUCCUCCGCCGGCUGCUUCCUCAGCUAGCGGCUAACUGAAGCCACCGGGACGGAUUAACUUUACCCCCUUUGUGAAUACUUCAUAUUUAAAGGGAUCACUUCUGGAGGGCUCACUUUUACCAGGACAAGUUUGGUUUUUAUUAAAAAUCCGGUUUGGAUAUGGAGACGGACUCAGCAGCGGGCGACGUGGAGUCUCUACACGGAGGACUGAGCCUCCUGGACCCCCUGGUGGACCGGAUCCUGGUGGACACCGUGUCUCAGCAGCAGGGAUGGCUCCGAGUUUACGAUGUCAAAGGUCCUCCGGCCCAUCAGUUCUCCUGCGGUCAGAGUCCUUACACCGACAGCGGGGCCUGGGAGAGGAAGUUCUGCAUCCUGACCGACAGCCAGCUCAUCCUGCUCAACAAGGACGAUGAGGCUGUGGGAGAGGCUCAGGAGAGCCCGACAGACUCAGCCAAGGCCCGGAGUCUCCGCAGGACCGUCAGCGUCCCCUCAGAGGGACAAUUCCCAGACUUCCCAGCAGAGGGCGCCAGCAUGUUAGCAGAAGUAUCUUCGGAGCGUUCUCCGAGGAGGAGGAGUAUCUCCGGUCUGGGGAGUUCAGAGAAGACCGUCACUGUGGACAAUCCCAACUCGUCUCCUUUCAAAGUGCCGGGGUUUUUCAGUAAACGUCUCAAAGGCUCCAUCAAGAGGACGAAGAGUCAGACCAAACUGGACAGAAACACCAGCUUCAGACUGCCCUCGCUGCGACCCGCCGACGCCGACAGAUCUCGAGGACUCCCCAAGCUGAAGGAGGCGACCUCCCAUGAGUCUUUGCUGAGCCCGGGCAGCGCGGUGGAGGCUCUGGACCUGAGCAUGGAGGAGGACGUGUUCAUCAAACCUCUGCACAGCAGCAUCCUGGGACAGGAGUUCUGCUUCGAGGUGAGCGCAAACUAAAACAUCCAGUUUACGUCCCUCUGAGGCCGGACAGGGACACCCCGGGGGGCCACUAUGGGGGGGCCAUUUUGAACAUUUCAAGGGGGCACUGUUGAGCCAUCUGCUCUCUGUUCCUCCAACAUGUUUUUCUGACCCGGUGUAUCGGUUAC